AUGUAUACGUGUAUGGUGUGCGGCAAUAAAUCUAAAACACCAGGUCAAUCGUCCAGGAGUAAUUUAUCAUGCAAGAACACUAUAGGCCAGGAAAAAGCGAUUUUUACUUUCAAUGCUAUUCCCCAACCUUAUGAUCAAAAUGGUUUUCCUUCUAAAUAUGCUACUCAAAGUAAUGCUGUUGAAAUUGGAAAUAAUGUAAUUUUACCAAGUGAACAAAUAUGCGGUCAGUAA